UGUUACAAGCGGCCGGGUAUUGUUUAAGACGGUUACACCCACUGCUGAUGAAGUGAUUUUAAAUUACUGGACGGGAAAAGUGCUUCCUGGUACGGCAGAGGCAGCGAGGAGUCUGUGCGUCGCGCAAAUGCGGCUCUGCCAGGGAGAAGGAUCCGGACAGGUGGGCAACUGCAACGUCUAAUGAAAGGUGGACAACAAGCUGGCCCUAUACAGUUCUAUAUGGAAGCAUUGAAUCCUUGUGAAGAAGGUGUCUUCCGUCUUCACUGAUCUUAGAUCUCCAGCCUCUCUCAGCAUCCAGGCCAUCUAGUGAAGAGUGCCAUACCUGUGAACUUCUUAUAGAGGGACAAGAAGCUGCUUGCAUCAGCUUAAGUUUUCUGGGAGUUCUACAUAUUUUUUAUAUUUGGGCAGUGUUAAAAAGUAAACAUGGUCAUCGGUCAGGCACAUCUUAAAGUGCUUUGAAUUUUUUACAUUGACAGUUGGAUCCAAGAAAAGAAGAAAAGACAUACAGGCUUUCUGAGCAAAACGUUGCCUGGAAAGAUUGAAUUGCUACCACCAAGUGAUCACACUCUUCAGUUUACCUCUUUAGUGGAUUUUAUUGUAACGGAAAUUCACCAGCUCUGUGUAGGUUGCAAUGGCAGGAGUCCAGCCAAAACUGAAGAAAAGAUCCAAAGGCCAUGGGGAGCCCCAAAGCCCUGUCCUCACCAGCCAACGAUAUGAAGCAACCUUCUUGUUAGCCAAUGUCAUUACUGUGGUGGAACGAUGCAUGAGUGCAAUGCAGACUGGGACACAGAUGGUCAAGCUACGAGGGAGCUCAAAGGGUCUGGUUCGUUUCUACUUUCUUGAUGAGCAUAAAUCAUGUAUCCGAUGGAGGCCUUCCAGAAAAAAUGAGAAGGCCAAGAUCUCCAUAGAUGCAAUCCGGGAGGUAUGCGAGGGAAAGCAGUCUGAAAUCUUCCAACGUUAUGCCGAUGGCAGCUUUGAUCCCAACUGUUGCUUUAGCAUUUACUAUGGUGAUCACAUGGAGUCACUUGACCUGGUAUCUAGUAAUGGAGAAGAGGCACGUACUUGGAUCACUGGUCUUAAAUAUCUCAUGGCAGGAAUCAGUGACGAAGAUAGUCUGGCAAAGAGGCAAAGAACUCGAGACCAAUGGCUAAAGCAGACCUUCACAGAGGCAGAUAAAAAUGGAGAUGGCAGCUUGAGUAUCAGUGAAGUAUUACAACUCAUCCACAAGCUGAAUGUCAACCUGCCAAGGCAGAAAGUGAAGCAGAUGUUUAAGGAAGCUGAUACAGAUGACAACCAGGGGACACUGGGCUUUGAGGAAUUCUGUGCUUUCUAUAAGAUGAUGUCCACACGGCGCGAUCUUUAUCUGCUCAUGCUGACUUACAGUAAUCAUAAGGACCACUUGGACACAGAUGACCUCAUCCGCUUCCUAGAGAUUGAGCAGAAGAUGUUGAAUGUGACGAAAGAACAUUGCCUGGAAAUUGUAGAAAAAUUUGAGCCCUGCCCAGAAAACCGAAAGCAAGGUGUGCUUGGUAUAGAUGGAUUCACAAACUACAUGCGCAGUCCAGCUGGUGAUAUUUUUAACCCAGAGCACCACCAGGUGCACCAAGAUAUGAGGCAGCCUCUCUGCAAUUAUUUCAUUGCUUCAUCCCAUAAUACCUACCUAAUGGGAGACCAGUUGAUGUCACAGUCCAGAGCAGACAUGUAUUCUUGGGUCCUACAGGCUGGCUGCCGAUGUGUGGAAGUGGACUGCUGGGAUGGCCCAGAUGGAGAACCAAUUGUGCAUCAUGGCUAUACGUUAACUUCCAAAAUUCUUUUCAAAGAUGUUAUUGAGACUAUCAACAAAUAUGCUUUCAUAAAAAACGAUUACCCUGUGAUAAUAUCACUUGAAAACCACUGUAGCGUUCCUCAACAAAAGAAGAUGGCUCAGUAUCUGAUAGAUGUGCUAGGAGACAAAUUGGACCUCUCAUCUGUCAACAUGGAUGAAUCUGGUCAGCUUCCACCUCCGGAACACCUGAGAGGGAAAAUACUAGUAAAGGGGAAAAAACUGCCUCCUAACAUCGAUGAGAAUGCAGAAGAAGGUGAAGUAUCUGAUGAAGACAGCGCAGACGAAAUUGAAGAUGACUGUAAACUAAUGAAUGGGGACAUAUCUGCAAAACUUGCCAACGUCAACCACACAUGCUUCCUGCUUCAACCCGACAAGCCAAAUAUGCUCAACGAACAAACAAUGGUCCUUUAUACAUCUAUAAACAGGAAACAGGUGGAAAAUGUGGCAAAAAAGAAACUGGACACCUUGAUGAAAGAAUCAAAAAUUCGGGAUUGUGAGGACCCUGACAGCUUCACCAUUACGGCCCUGCCGUCGUCAGGGAAGUUGAAUGAGAAGGUUGCUCUGACAAAGCAAAAAAGUAGCCCAUCAGCUGGGGAUAAGCGAGUGGGCAAAGUGGAAGAUGAUGCUGAAUUAGGAGAGAAGGACAACCUUAACAAGCGCCAGAGCCGGUCAUUUAUGGGAAAUUUCUCAAAGCGCAAGAAAAAAACUGUGAAACUGAAAAAAUCUUCCAGCUUUGAAGACGAGGAAGAUGAGUUGGAGACCUCUGUCAGUGCUUCACGGGGAGCAGCACACUACAGCAGGAUGAGUCGUCAGAAGAAAACCAUGAAGCUGUCCCGGGCCCUCUCAGAUCUUGUCAAAUACACUAAAUCAGUUGGAGUCCAAGAUAUUGAAACACAAGUUUUCAGUAGUUGGCAAGUGUCCUCUCUCAGCGAGACAAAGGCACACCAAAUAAUGCAGCAGAAGCCUACACAGUUCAUCCACUUCAAUCAAAGGCAGCUAUCACGUAUUUACCCUUCAUCGUACCGUGUGGACUCCAGCAAUUACAACCCUCAGCCUUUUUGGAAUGCUGGCUGCCAUCUUGUGGCACUUAACUACCAGUCUGAGGGACGAGUACUACAGUUGAACCGAGCCAAAUUUAACUCCAAUGGAAACUGUGGAUAUGUCCUGAAACCUAAAUGCAUGUGUGAAGGUGCCUUUAACCCUAUGUCAGAAGAUCCUCUCCCUGGUCAGAUGAAGAAGCAAUUAGUCUUGAAGAUUAUUAGUGGGCAGCAGCUUCCAAAACCAAAGGAUUCCAUGCUGGGGGAUAGAGGAGAGAUUAUUGAUCCAUUUGUGGAGGUUGAAAUUAUUGGCCUACCUGCUGACUGCUGUAAAGAGCAGACUAGAGUAGUUGACGACAAUGGCUUCAAUCCCAUGUGGGAGGAGACAUUGGUAUUCACAAUGCACAUGCCAGAGAUUGCCCUAGUCAGAUUUCUGGUAUGGGAUCAUGAUCCUAUUGGCAGAGACUUCAUUGGACAAAGAACAAUUGCUUUUUCCAGUAUGAUGCCAGGCUAUCGGCAUGUUUAUUUGGAAGGUAUGGAAGAGGCUUCCAUCUUUGUGCAUGUUGCUGUGAAUGAUAUCACUGGUAAGGUCAGGCAAGCUAUUGGCAUAAAAGGACUGUUUCACAGAAACCCAAAGCAGGCUUCUCUCGACAGCCAUGCUGCUGCUCAGCUCAGUCGUAAGCACCCUUUUGGUGCCCAUCUGUUACGCAGGACAGCCAGUGCUCCUACUAAGGGCCAGCAGAAGGUCAAGAAAGGAUUUCCAGAGAUUUCCAUUGACAACAAGGAGUACAGUUCAGAGGGAGCCAGUGAAGACAGGGAAUCUGAAGAUGCCUGUCAGCCUCGUGUUGAUUGUGAAACGGACAGUGGUGCCAGGGUGGCAACAGUGGCCAUAGCGGAUAGUGCCAAUGGGGAGCUGCACUCUGAGAGCUUCAAAGACAAAGAGACAAGCUUUCCCCCAAGUUCAGCGUCUCAUUUGCACACCCUGGAAACCAUCACAGAAGAAGCUCAUAAUGCUGAAGACAAUUCUGCUGUCCAAAUCCCCUCUGCCCAUGUAGCCUCUGGUCCUUCCCUCUCUGGUUACUCAGAAACUCUAGCCGUAGAAUGCAUUGGUCCAUCACAGUUGGACCAAGUAUCUGAUGAUGUCUGCCAGCGUUCUCCACUGUGUAAGGAACAUGACACCGUAAUGGAAGGCGCAACUGAGAGUUUAAGGACCACUGAAGGUAUUACAAACUUGGAAAUAACAAAUAGUCCAAGCAACCUUACUCCCUCCCUAAGCAAUACCUUCCAUGCAGGGUCUGAAGAGGUUAAUUCGGCUAUAUCUGUUACUGGACAAGUAAAUGGACAAAACCCAGAAACCAACAAUCUCAAUGCAUGGCAAGUUAAGAAAAACAAGCAGGAAGAGGAAAAUAAUAAUGGAAAACACCCAAUGAAUGCAAUUAGUGUUAAUCUGCCUGUGGAUUUGUCUGCAAAAGUACUUGUCACAAAAGUACCAGAAGGUUCUCAAGCAGCCUCCAGCAAAGCACAUGUGUUAGUAAGAAGGUCUAAAAGUGAGGGAUAUGUCAGGCUGGCUAAUCCUGAGAACAGCCAGUGGAUGGUGCCAGAGGUCUGCACAGAUGUCACCCUCAAUGAUAGACUAUGGAGCAAACUUGAGAAUCAUAGGGACAGUGUGUCUUCCUCCUCCAGUAUCUCAUCCAGUGACACUGUGAUUGAUCUUUCCUUGCCCAAUUUGGCCCACAAGAGUCUUACUGAUCUCAACACCAGUAGGGAUGAAUCUCUGGAAGUAUUCCUUAAAAAUGAAGUGGCCAGGCCCCGGUCAGCUACCACUGGUUGUGAAAUAUCAAGGGUAACCAAAAGCAAGUCUAACCCAAAUCUGAGAGUUGAAGAGGACUUAGAAGCUCCACAUAAUCUCCAAACAAGACCCUUAGUCAAAGAACCAGUUCAAGCAAUGCAAAGAAGGCAUACAUGGAGUAGGCUUUUUGUGGAAAGCUUAAAACAGACUUCCCAAUCUAAGAAGCCAGCCUCCUCAGUCAGCUUGGAGGUAGAUGGCCCCUCCAAAUCUAAGAGUUUGGGGGAUCUUACAUCUGAUGAUAUAAUGUGCAAUUUUGAGAGCAAGUACAGAAGCAUCAGCAGAAGCUUCAUCACUAGGUCCAUGAGGGACCAGAGGAAGCCACCAAAAAAAUCCCAUGAUAACCUGACAGAGCAGAUCAAGCAACUAACUGCAGUUGAACCCCUGACAGCCAGUGAUUUUGCUUCCUCAUCUUUGAAUGCCACAGAGCAGGAGGAUGAAACCUUCUGUUUCUUGAGACGGUCAUCAUCCCGAAGCCAAAGUCGGGUGCGAUACAUUGCCAACCGUGCCAAGCAAGCUCAAGAGCGCCAAAGACUACAGGGCUUGAGCAGGAUGAGUAGCAGUCCCAUUGAGGAGCGUGGAAAUCCCGAAGGAGCAUGUUGUAUGAGUAAGGGUACGUGUGCAGACUUAGAUCUGCUCAGCCAGCUGCCUGCUGCUCCUCCGGUGCGCCAGCUCUCGGACAUUGAAGCAGAGGUGUUCUUCAUGCUGAAGCUCUAAAAUGCCAGAGUAUGCUGGUGGCAAAUGUUUUGGGCAGUUGUUAGCAAGAAAAACACUUUUGCCGGCUAAACUGCUUUUAUGUGAUUGUAUUUUAAAUAGCUUGGGUUGUCCCAGGUUUUUAUUUAUUAUAGAUGUUAUUUUUCCAUUUAGCCUACACAUUUUGGUGACCUGUGGACUAAUUUUUAUGCAAAUAAUUGACAAAUCCCCAGAUUUUACCAUAAGUAUGUAUUGGCUUAUAUAACCAAUUACUUCUUUCCUAAUGCAGAGUAGGUUUUAAAAUUCAAAUGUACAGUUUUUGAGCAAUAGUGAAAUGUAAAUUGGAAAAUCUGAUUGAGAAAGCAAUGGCUUUUUCUCUGCCUGUUAUGGAAGAGUCAAUAUUAAAUGUCCUUUCUCUUAAAUAGUUCUUCCACAUAAAGCACUUGAAUCUUUCAAGAGGGAUUUAAAAUCAUUAGUUUCUUUGCUGUCACUACUUUAAAUGAAAAUUCACUGCACAUUGCCAGAUUAUUAAAUUUAUGCACAUGGGAGCUGGGGCAUCAUGUGAAAUAUAUACAGUAAAUAAAGAGCAUUUUUCACUUUUAAAGAAAUGUUUAAAUGGAUUUGGGGAAGCUCCUUCUCUUCAGAUUAAAAGAUUUAAAAAGAACUUUGCACAAAAGUUGCCACUGAUCUUGAUUAAUUUAUUCCAGGUGGCUACAUUUUGUCCUAAACGUUUUUCAUUUAGCCCUGUGAUUUAAAUGAUUUCCAAAAUGUAUUGGUAUGUUCAGUAAUCUCAGUGACCUGAGCGUUGAAAACUAGCAUUUGUUUGAGUCUUCAUUGUUGGUAAAAAAAAA